UGAAAAAGCAGAAUUUUAGAAAAGCAAAAAACAAACUCUUUUCAGCUGUAAGAUUUUUUUAAAAAUUUUUUUUAAAUAUCGAGCUCUUUACAAAGUUUGUUGCUUGUUUCUGUUGGUGCUGCCGUCAUUGAUCACUGAGCUAAUCAUCAUGCAGUCACGCUGAGAAAAGAGAACAUGUGUUCAGCUGGUUGUCAACUUGAAUAUAACACAUGAAUACAUAAAGGCCUAUGUGGGAUUUGAUUACAUCCGUUGGUAUAUUUACACGGCUGUGUCACCGUGUUCAGGACUCUUUCUGAGUGUUGACUCAGUGUGACGUCAUUGACGGCUGCUUAUGAGCAGAAGGAGGCCGAGCUGUAAAUCCAUUAAUCAGACGGUCGUGUCACUAAUGAGUGGAGUUAACAGAUCAACAACCUCCCAGCUGUCUAAGACCUGUUAGAUCCAAGAUCUGAUUUUAAAGGAGGCAGUUUCUACUAGAAUAAGCAUAAAUAAUGUAAAAUUAAAUAUGGAAUACAGAUGUUUGGAUCAAGGAUAAACAGAUGAUCAAAACAUUUAGUAAAGCUUCCUCUCCGUCUCCACACCAGUAAACUGUGUCUCAGUACCAAGUGGUUGGUUGCCGACCUGGACGACUGUUCUCUUGUGGUGGAAACUAUCCUGGACCUGGAGCACGUCGAAGUCACCACCGAGAAUGCACUGGACGUGGUGGUGAUGAUUGAAAGUUUACUCAGAGACCACUCCACCCUCAGCUACCAGGAGCUGGUGACGGUGCUCAACAAGCUGAAGGACAUCAUCAGCGUCAGUGUGGUCACACCACACCUGGGUCAAGGUCUCGUCAACAUCCUGUCUGACAUACUGGAGUCUGACAGCGACCUGCUGCCUUUUACAAACACGAUCCUAAACAUCACCGAGGCAGUGGGAGAGAGGAUGGUGGGCUACGAGGGCUGCUCCACCCUGGUCGCUCCAGCCAUCGCCAUCUCAGUGGUGGACGUCGUUCCCAAAGACUUUGACAGUUUGACAUUCGGAGUGUCGUCUGACCGCGCCGGCAAAAAGCCAGAGAUUUUCAUCAACAGGUAUCCCUUCAACAGCACAGUGGCUUUUAUCUCGCUGCCAUCUGUCCUGCAGCACAGCUUCCCACAGAACAGCUGGAACCAGAACCCACCGAGGGUUGUGUUUCAGUUCUUCGGCAUCCCGAUGCUCUUCAGGAGCAGCAAGAAUGGGCAGACCCUCAACACCUUCGUGGUGUCAGCCAGUGUGACCAACACCAGCGCUCCGAUCAGAGACCUGGAGGAGGAUGUCAAAGUCACGCUCCACCACAUCAUCCCCAAUAAACUUUACAAGGACGUCCAGUGUGUUUACUGGAACUUCAAUAAAAACAAUGGACACGGCGGCUGGGAUGAUUAUGGCUGCAGAAAAUACAACAGCAGCUCCGACUACACAACGUGCCUGUGUGAUCACCUCACGCACUUCGGAGUUCUGCUGGAUGUUUCCAGGACUCAGGUGGACCCGGCUAAUGAGCAGAUCCUGACCAUUAUCACCUAUGUUGGUUGUGGAGUUUCCUCCCUGUUCUUGGGAAUCACUGUUCUCACUUACACAGCUUUCGAAAAGCUUCGUCGAGACUACCCCUCCCAGAUCCUCAUCAACCUCUCCCUGGCGCUGCUGUGCUUGAACCUGGUGUUUCUGGUCAACUCCUGGCUGUCCUCCUGGGGUCUGUACGGUCUCUGCGUGGCCGUAGCGUCCACCCUGCACUACUUCCUCUUGGCGUCAUUCACCUGGAUGGGACUGGAGGCCGUUAACAUGUAUUUCGCGCUUGUCAAAGUCUUCAACGUCUACGUGCCCUCUUACAUCCUCAAGUUCUGCGCUCUGGGUUGGGGGAUUCCUCUGGUGAUCUGCAUCCUGGUGCUCAUCGUGAACAGAGAGGCCUACGGCAGUCACCUCUACACAGAGUCGCUGGACAACUCUGACAACUUCUGUUGGCUCCAGGACGACGUGACCUUCUACGUGUCUGUGGUUGCCUACGCUGUGCUCAUCUUUCUCUUCAACAUUGGGGUUUUUGUGGUGGUUCUGAUCCAGAUUCGCCACAUGCGAGUUAACAGCCCGGCUGGAACCCGCAGUGGACUGUUGCAUGACCUGAAAGGAGUUGCGAGUCUCACCUUGUUACUGGGACUAACAUGGACUGUUGGCUUCUUUACCUGGGGACCAGCCAGAAUAGUUCUGCUUUACCUUUUCUCUGCACUCAACAGCCUGCAAGGACUUUUCAUCUUCCUCUUCCACUGUCUGAUGAAGGAAAAUGUCAGGAAACAGUGGAGGAUUCAUCUCUGCUUCGGACGUUUCCGACUUGAAGAAUAUUCUGAGGGUAGCAACUCUGCAUCCGUUGGAGUCAUGGCCAAACCCAGACCGAAUCCUCCCAGAGCAUCAGUACCAUCGGUCCGCUCGGUCAAGUCGAGCUCCACAGACAGCACGUCAGCAUCCUCCGACUCCAGCCAGAGAGACUCGUCCUGCAGGAGACCAAACCUGGGCCUCUUUGUGAAUUCUUUGGCUCUCCCUCGAGCCCAGAGGAGCAUCUCAGGUUCAGCAGCUCUGCCGUCACACAGGGGAAUGAACCAAACACCUGGCUGGAGGAAUCACUUGCUUAACCAGCAAGAACGAAGAUAAAAAUUAUACACUCAACACAUAUUUUCAUUUUCGUACAAACACAUGAAAACCUACAAAUAACAGAAUCUGUCAUGAAAAGCUUUAAAAUGAUGUGAUGUACUUCUAUACGAGCCACAGAUGUGUAAUUUAUGCAGCGUGGUGCUGACAUUAACUGUGAAGCCUCAUUGUAUCCCAGCUUCAUUAGAUUAUCUCAUCAUGCAAUUCUUUUGUUUUUUGUUUUUGCUAAAUAUUGUAAAAGAGCCUGUAAUUACGAGGACAUGAGUAGUUGCAUCGGUUCCAAGGAGGAGUUGGUUGCCAAGCAACUGGUGAGUGGAGCCAUGGUGACAAUGAACCGUGGUACCACAGUUUGUAUGAAAAAAAAAAAAAUACAAUUUUGAAUUUGGGAUGAUGCAAGUCUCCCUGUGUUCUCCUCUAUUCGUGCCAGAGAAUCUGUGCUUCAGGUUAAACCGAGUCAUUAUUCUUCAAUCACUUCAUAAUCUCCUCAUGAAUUGAUCACCGUGACGUCUUUGAGUCCGACUGCUGGCUUGUUCCCACACGUCCGUUAUGAUGGUUCGACAUAUUGAUUUUACAGGCACCACUGGUGUGAG